UACUUAUUAUUUCUAUCUUGAUUCGCAAUAAAGUUUACCCUAUGAAAUAAGACACGAAAUGGAAAACGAUGUGAAAUUGAAACAUUAAGUCUCAAUUAUAUAUAUUUUCAUUUUCAUUCCGCACUUGUACUCAACACUUUUCUCAUAACCAUAACCAUAACCACCGUAACCGUAACCAUGUCUUUUUCUUACACUUCCCACCGGACGCUUCUCUUCCUCUUUAUCGUGAUCCUCUGCGGUCACGCACACGCUCGCGAUCUGGUUUCUGAUGGCGUGGAGGGAUUGGGCCAGGGUGUGGGCCUGGGCCUGCUCCGACUACCGAGUCAGUUGAUGGGGGAAUCCACCUGCGAGCAGUCCUACGGGUUCUUACCGUGCACCACCACUGUUCUCGGGAACUUGUUCCUCAUCAUCAUCUAUGGCUUCCUCAUGUUCAAGGCUGCAACCUACUUGUCUAGUGGUAGUGAGCUUUUGCUUGAGAUCUUGGGCCCUGGCAUCGUUGGUGGCUUGUUCCUCCCUAUCCUCGGUGCUCUCCCCGAUGCCAUGCUCAUUCUCGUGUCUGGGCUUUCAGGUAAUAAAGAAACUGCUCAGAGUGAGGUGUCUGUUGGAAUGGGCCUGCUAGCUGGGUCAACAGUGCUGCUUCUGACUAUAAUAUGGGGGACCUGCGUAAUUGUUGGCAAGUGUGACAUUGAGGGUUCAGUUGCAAUCGAUGAACAAGACACUAGGGGAUUUAGUUUAACUGGUUCUGGUGUUAGUACUGAUAUUUGGACAAGUUAUGCUGCAAGGAUUAUGGUUAUAUCUGUCCUUCCAUUUUUGAUUGUUCAAUUACCACAACUUCUCAAGUCUACUUCAGGAAGGCACUUGGCUGUUUUGAUUGCUCUUAUUGUCUCUCUCGCGCUAUUGAUUACUUAUUGCCUUUACCAGAUUUUCCAGCCCUGGAUACAAAGGAGAAAGCUUAAGUAUGUUAAACACAAACAUGUUAUUUUAGGAUUUUUGAGACAUUUGAAGAAGCAUGCAUUGGGACGGCUGCUGAAAGAUGAUGGUGAACCGGACAAAGAAGUUAUUAAAAAGCUGUUUGCCAAAAUUGAUGAAAAUCAAGAUAAGAAACUUACUCAUGGUGAAUUGAGAGCGCUGGUUGUUGGAAUUCAAUUUGAGCAGAUUGACCUGGAUCAUGAAGAUGCUGUGAUAAGAAUAAUUGAGGAUUUUGAUACUUCUCAAAAUCAACUUGUUGAAGAAGAAGAAUUUGUUAAUGGCAUCUGUAGAUGGCUUCAAAAGGCUAGGGGUUCCCGAGUUGCAUCACCAGAUGCUGGUCCCCACACAUUGAAGUUUUUAAGUGAUUUUCACACAGAAACAAAGAGGGAACAUGAUCUUCUGGAUGUGGGUGCGGGAGAUCCAAAUGAUGAAGUUGCUGAGGGUAGUGAAAAUGCUAGAUGGACUUCCAUCAAAGCAGUGUUACUGCUGGUACUGGGUGCUGUUAUUGCUGGUGCAUUUGCUGAUCCUCUGGUUGAUGCAGUCGAUAACUUUUCUGAUGCUACAAGUAUUCCUGCUUUCUUUAUUUCCUUCAUUGCUCUGCCUUUUGCAACUAAUUCAAGUGAAGCAGUGUCAGCAAUAAUUUUUGCUAGUCGUGACAAGAGGAAAACUGCCUCAUUGACUUUUUCGGAGCUAUAUGGUGCAGUGACAAUGAAUAAUGUGCUUUGCCUAUCGGUCUUCUUGGCCCUUGUUUAUGUGAGGGGAUUGACAUGGGACUUCUCUUCAGAAGUGUUGGUUAUUCUCAUUGUUUGCAUUGUCAUGGGUGGUUUUGCCAGUUUCCGCACCGUCUUCCCUCUGUGGACAGCUAUAAUGGCUAUCCUACUUUAUCCCUUCUCUCUGGCAUUGGUGUAUGUUCUUGAUUAUGUAUUUGGUUGGUCAUAGACCAAAUAAUGUUUUAUAUAUUAGUGCCUUGCAUGGCUCUUAUCAGUUUCGUGUGUGCGAGAGACUAUGGUGUUGGUGACUUCCACUAAUGGUAGGAUUGACAUCCAUUGAGAAUGGUUGAGAAUGGGUACAGUUGGCUCAUUACACAAAAUAAAUAACUGUUAAAAAUUAUGUUGCAAUGAUAGUAGUUUGCGACUGUAUGUUAUUGUGUUUUUUCAGUCUG